AUGAGCUCAGGUGGCUGUGAACCACCUACUCAAGACUACGACUUCAGUGCUAUCCCAUACCCGUCGGAACUGCAGUCAGUUUCCUCUCGGGAGGUGGUAGUCAAGGUCAGCCUGGGUGUGGUGGUGAAUCUCGUGGCCCUCGUCGGAAACGCUCUCGUCAUCAUCAUCGUGGUGAGAUCAAAGCGCAUGCGCACCACGACUAACUACUACCUUGUGAACCUGGCCGUCUCCGACCUGCUGGUUGCGCUGAUGCCAAUCUGGGUGCACGUUGUCGCUAGCCUAAACGAGUUCUGGGUGUUCGGAUCCUUCCUCUGCAAGUUCAACCCCUUCAUGCAAAUCACAGCAAUGUGUGCGAGCAUGUUCACGCUGGUGGUGAUAGCCGGGGACCGGUUCUACGCUAUCAUGUUUCCGAUGCACUCUCGGGUCACCAAGAGGAAAGUCAGUUAUCUUCUCAUCCUGGUGUGGAUGGCCUCUAUUGCUAUAGCUACUCCACUCCUCUUCAUGUACUAUUAUAUUGAACGUCAGUGGGCAGAUGUAUUAGAGACAUACUGUGAUGAAAAAUGGCCAAUGAAAACGGAAGCUGAUGGUAGCUGUGAUGGAGGCUUGACCUCCAAGAAAGUGUACUGGAUUGUAGUGUGUGGUGUGUUAAACUGGACUCCGAUGUUGAUUAUGAUGCUUUCGUAUACAUUUAUUGUGAUAAAACUGCGGAAACAUAAGAUAGGACCGAAGUUAGGAGCGUCAUCCAAAUCAUCCGUUCAACAGCGAUCAACGAGAAAGGUUGUUAUCAUGCUGUUCUCCGUACUGCUGGUGUUCAUUGUGUGUGCUGUGCCUUUCCAGACGAUCAAAAUAUACUUUCUUUUCACACAAGGUCAGCAAGGUUACAAGCUCCCUGACUGGUUCAAUACGCUAGAUUUCGGUGCUGUCCUACUCAUGUAUAGUAACGCUGCUAUCAAUCCUAUCAUUUACGCCGGCUUCAACGAGAGUUUCCGAAAUGGCUUCAAAGAUCUCGUCAACUGUAUCAUGAAUAGACGAACGCCCACCGCCUCCGAGACGUUUGAGACCGAAUAUAAACAGAGAUCAACGGUGAGGACGAAGAACGUUCCCUUGGCAACGCUGACUAGAGUACCGUUUACUGUACAGGAGGGGAUAGAGCUGAAUGGACAAACACCAGGGAAGGAUUGUACCGCGAUUGAACCAACGGCUGGAACCAGUCAAAUGCCCUUUUCGUCAAGGCUUUAA